GUCAAGAAAUCUAAGUCUAUAAUCUCACAUCGGCAAUCAGAUUCAACUAAGUCAACCGACCUUCUGGACUCCAUUACUGGUCUCUCGACAAACGAUACAAUAGUUACCGAGACGGAUUACACGUCAAUCAAGCGAGCGACAUGCGAUGCAGCAGCCACUUCAGCUGCCGGAGAGGAAUCGGAAGACGAGGAAGAGCGUAAGAUUCGUCUCCGUCCUAUGCCCGCCAGCAGGAAGCGUGCUCUCCUCGAAAGAUUUCAGCGCGAAAAACAAAAACGCCGAAAGACAACUGGUAGUUCUGAUGACCCUGGCAGUGCUGGUGAUGUCACAAACGGGGAGCAUCAUAUGGGACCUGAUGCUGGCAUAAUCGAGGACACAGACCCCCAAAAUCCUGUCGAAUCCGGUCAGUUCUAUCAGAUAUCGUAA